CGGAAAUUGUGUGGUGUAACAGUCAAAUUGAACUGUCAUGAUGCUGAUGCAAGAAAUUUACAGUUUUUAACUUGCAGGCUGACAUUCAUGUGGAAUAGAUUUAGGUGCAGAUGGAUAUUAAAGUCAGAGAAGGGGAACUGCUAUUUCAAUAUCCAGAAGUCCUUGCUGCUCCAGGAGAAUAUAAAGAAAUUCUCAUGAUAAUAUGGAUAUUACAAAGAGUGAUUCCAGGGAAAGACUUUUUGAGCAAAGCAGAAAAACAGAAUGCAGUUGUUUUGGAGUUGAAUGCCUCAGAGACCCAACUGUGUAUUAGUGUGGAAGCCUCCACUGUUCGACUGUCUCUAGCAAAGGUUGAAGACUUUGACAUAUCAGCAGGAGUGCUGAAGAGUUUCUACAACAGGAAAGUUGCUGUAAUUCCAAAGCAUUUCAUUUCCAGUGAAUGGUGCUAUGUGUUGCCCAGUAUGAAGAAAGGGCAAAUUGUCAGUAUCAGCCACGAGAUUCCACCACAUUGUCCAUUUCGAUCCUACAGAGAUUUUCAGAAACACUGGAAAAAUAUGUAUGGUUACAAUCUUCCCGAGAUUAAUGAUGACGUUGCACUUUACUACACUGUAUACUUCAAGUUGAUCGGAGAGAAGCUAUUUACUUAUCCUUUCUGUUGUGUUAGAAGUGAACCUGUCCAGUUUUUCCCAAGAGUGGAUUUGGAAGCAGUACUAACAUCAUUUUUCUCUGAUCUAAAAGUAAACUUUUCUAACCUCUGCGGACUACCAAUAAAAAUGACCAGCAAACCUUACUCUGCUACCAACGAACUCAGCAUUUCCCAGACAGUACAAGCAAGACCAUCAAAUCUGACUACUGAACCUGCCUUUAGGAUUACUUUAAGGCCGGUUCCCACAGUCAAAUAUGUCAACCAAAGUUCUUCGGUUUAUCCAAUUAACGGAAAAAAGAUAGUCUUGGACAAUGAGUGGAAAAUUGAUUUCAAAACAAGUUUGGAGUUCAGUUCAGCAAAUACUGUGAUGCAAUGUGGGAGCACAAUGAGAUCAACUGAUAAAAGAGGUGUACUUUCCCAGCACACACUGCAGUGUGAAAAAUCACAAGUUGCUACAUUAGGUACAAAUGAACAGAUGAAGAAAGUACACUCGACUUCAUGUAAUCAUAGUUCCAGAGAUUACAAGAUUAUACCGAUAUUUAAAAGCAAGCUAUUGCAAGAUAAGCGGCUCAUAGGUGCAAAAAUUAAUGAAAAUAUAAAUAAGAAAGAUGUCAAAUUUAAUUCAACACUUCUAUCACUAAAUUCAUCAACUGCUUACACAGAAACAAAAAGACCAAACAAUAUGCAAAGAAAAGGAUCCAGGAGUGAAAAAGAAAUGAUUUUAUUCAACAUUUCACAGAAGCAGCAAUCAAUAGCAAAUAAAAGAGUGGAUAAACCAAAUACUGAACCAGCCCAGAACACAAGUUCAGUUUCUGAGAUAAGUAUAAAUCAGGGCUCUGGGAUUCACAAGUCAAAAAUAACAGCAGGUAAAAUGAAACCUGAAGCUGGAUCACAUCAGUCAUUUGGAAAAAAUCAAGAACGAUGCAGCAUGAUUAUCCAGACGGGAGCCAAAACCAGAGCUGACAUUGUAAUUUCUGAUGGAUCAUGCACAGAUUGGAAUUAUAAUAUGACAGGAAAUCAUCAACACAAACAAGUACUCCAAAUGUUUGAUUUAAAGGAGCCACUUAAGCAAGAAAAACAGAUGCCUCCGCAACAUCUGAACUUAAAAUCUUUGACACAAAAGAUUUUUUGUGAUAAGAAAACAGCUGAGAAAAGGUCAUAUGAAGAGAAGGGAACGGAUUCAACUUCAAAGAAACCAAAAUCCAAGCCAGUUGUCCAGGAUGUUGACAUGGCAGUGCAUGUAAAACAUAAUCAGCUGUCCAAAUUGAACAGUGUUACUCUUCAAUCUUGGCUGAAAAGUCAUGGUGUUUCUGUGAAAACAAAGGAUAAGAAGGAGCAUCUGGUUUCCAAAAUCAUGGAGUUCAUCAAAGGAUCUACAGAAUGAGUUUGAGAAUAUCCAUCUAGAUCAAUUGAGUAGAAAAGAGAUAUUCCGAAUAUUUUGAGUUGUCUGUUCUUUGUAUAACUCCUAGUGCCUGGAAGGUUUAGCAUAGUUUCUGUUUUGAUUAAUAUUUUGAUUUAUAUUCUGAUACCAUCUAUAUUCAAAAGUUGGUUUGUUCGGAAAUACAGUGUUAAUUCACAUUAUCCAACAGUAACGAUAAUAAGUGCUGUCAAAAAAUUAAUCAGUCGUCAUUACUGCACUCUUAACUAACUUCAGCAGCUAUUGUGUGAAUCAAAAUAAUCUCUAAU